AUGGACGCGCCAGGAUGCUCGCAAGUCUGCUCAUCCAGUGGCUCUGCCGAUUACGAUUUGCCCGAACUUCCAUCAGUUCUUCCGACGUCUCCAACUCGUUCCGCUUCCAAUGCCAAGUCGAGUUCCAAGUCGGGGCAACCAGUACAGAGACACGCGAGACCAACAGAGUGCUCGAUCUGUGGGAAGAAUGCAAGCGGAUACCACUACGAUGUGCCCUCGUGCAAUGGCUGCAAGACCUUCUUCAGAAGAUUGUGCAUUUCCGAGAAGAACUUUGCCUGUAAAGCCAACGGGAAUUGCUUUGAUUUGAUGGUCAGAGGUCAGAUGCGAAUCACAUUUUAACCAUGUCCAAUCCCAACCAUUUCUAUUCAGACAAACCCAUCAAAUGUCGAGCGUGUCGCUACCAAAAGUGCAUUUCUGCGGGAAUGAAUCCGCUAGCGAUGCAAGUGGACGAAAAAGAAGCCACUGCCGGGAACUUUAAGAAACUCACGAAAAGACCAAAGCAGGAAAGUAUAGACGAAGAGAUUGAGGAGGAUGAGCAUCAACACGAUAAGCGAAUAGUGACGAAACAGACAAUCAACGAGUUGAACUCGCUUGAAAACAAGAUGCAGAAGAUGGUGGAUCUGCUCGUGUACUUGGAGUCCAAGGUCGAAAAGUUCCGAGCUUCCUCCUACAACCCGGAUUGGAAGACCAUGACGGGAUUAGAAGGAUUUUUGUUGAGCUCUAACCAAAUUUCAGUGGCUGAUAAGGCGGGUCCGAUGCCCGGAUGGCCGCUAAAAACUGAUUGUUCUCCACCGAAACCUCCAAACUUUGCGAUGCAAAAAGGGCCACAGUACUCUCCUGAUCGGUAAUAAUAAUAGCUAAACAAUAGUUAUGCGUCAACUACUACUAAACGUUCAGAAAACAAUGGCUCAUCUUCGAUCUAAUGACUACUGUCGAGUACGCCAAAACGUUCAUGUUCUUCCAUCGUCUCGACCUCAGAGAUCGGAUGAUUCUCAUGCGAUACGUGACGCUGGCUAUUAUGAAUCUGCACAUUUCGUACUUCACUGUCAGCAAGAAAUUCGACACCAUCAUUCAUCCGGACGGAAAAUUGGCGCCCCAAAAAAAGUGGGUUGUGAUUAGAUCGUUGAAGAGGUAGAGAAGAACGAGUUGUGUUCAGAGGAAUGGUGUACGCUGAAACUGUCAUGUCGAUUUCACCGCUGAUCCGAUGUGAGAUUCAGUCGACAGAGUAUGUACUUUUGAAGGCGAUCACGUUGUGCAAUCCGGGUGAGCAUUUCGGGAAGAGAACGCUCUUCUUUUUUGUAUCAAAAACCCACGUUUACAGCGGUGCCCGACCUCUCCAAUCAUGCUCAAGAGAUCCUUUCGGGUGAGCGCGAGCAGUACGCCGACGCUCUUUUCGAUCAUUGUCUCCGAAAUCGGAAAGACGGUCCGGCUCAGUUUGCCGAGCUCAUCGCAAUGGUCGAUCUUCUGGAGAGGCAGCAGCGAAUGCAAAAGAAUUUGCAUUUGCUCUACGUCGCACCAUUCGUCUCCAAAAUUCCUGUGGCCGAACGAAUGCACUUGGUGGAGGAUAUUCUCAAUUCCUGA